UCGAAAUCUAACGAGGAACUCUCAGAGCCACGCGAGUGGCCGCGCGAUACGCCACGGGUGUUUAAAAACAGCCGAUAACAGUGUACAUCGCGCCAUGUGUACCGAGAAAAGUGCGAAUUUUCUGUGGCUUCUUUGUUCCAUAACGUUCAUAUAUGGAUUUGUUCUUCCAUACGGACGCUGCCAGAACGCGGAUCCGCGGGAACAGUUGGGCAGCAGGGAUGACGCGAGGAAAAUAGGUGAUCUGCGCGACGAACUGCAGGCUGACGAUGCGGACCAGUCGUAUGUCUGGGAUGCGUCUCUCGAGGGUAAAAAGGCGCUCGAUGAGGAUGGCAGCUCCCUCUCGUCUCGAAACGCGGCAGAGGUACCGGAGACGGAAGCGGAAACAGCGCCUCGGGCCGACGGAAAUAGGGACAAGGUCCUCGUUCCACCAGAAGGUGCCUCCAACUCAUCGCUUCGGCCUGGUUUGAAUGUCACCGUGUCAACGUCGAUCGGCCGCCGAAGGGGAGACGUUAGCGACAAAUCGCGCAAGAAACGUCGCAGGAACAAAGAUUCGAGGAGCUCCGACGUGGAUCGACAGCGUGAGAACACGCCGGAGGUGUGCGAGAACGAGAUCAGGGGGAAACGAGGGGGCGGCCAAGCGAAAAGAUCGAAGGACAGCGCGGCAAGACGGUAUCGCGCGGAGCGUCGCAGGAGGAGAAAGAACCGCGAGCGAAAGCGCGGAAGGAAGAGGCCCGGCCAGAACGGCGAGAAGAAUUACGAGUCGCGUAGAACGUCCAAGUUCAAGAGAAGAAUGAACGAUGCGCCAGCCGCGUUGCUGCUCGGCAAGAUCGAUGGCCAUGUGGCGGAGGACAACGUCUCCAGCUACGACUCGCCGGACAACCGCGCUCCCUCGAACAGUUCUGACGUUACCUCGCCGUUCGAUCUUCAGGAUCAAUUAACCACCGAGGCCGGGAAACAGUCCACCUCGCAGACCACCUCACGCUAUAAGAUGUACGAGGAUACGGUCGAGAGAGAGUUCUCCAAGCAGCUGGAGAAAGAGAUCUCGCGGACGCAGAUGGAGGACCCAGCUAGCUUGGAGAAUCGUAUCCUUGGUAGUUCCGUGCCGAAAUCCACUCGUAGGAACACGGAACGCAAGGAGAGCAGUGUCAGCGGUGGUAGCGCGAACGAGAUGAAACCUAGAGGCAACUCUAGGUACGACGCCGACAAAAUGUUGGGCUACUCGCGGACCGAGGAGGACCUGCCUAUUUUGGAUUUGGAGAACGAGGUGCUGGCACGUACCCUGAAGGAUUACAACGCGUACAUGACGUCGAGUUUGAAGCUAUCGAUGCUACCGAGGCGAGAGGACGCCGAGCGGAGGAGAGCCGGCGGAUCGCAUUUUCAUGGGAAACCUAUAAUCGACAGGGCAGAGUUGGACCGACUUGGUGGAAAGAAGGACGCGGAAACGGCGAGCAGCACCGCUGCGUACGAGGACGAUACGAAAGGGGAUUUAUCAUGCAUAAACGGGACGUUCGUGCCGGCGCCCCUCGCCCGGCAUGCACUGAUCAAAUAUGUAAAAUCGUCGGUACCAGGUCACGAAUACUUGGAAGCCGAUUACGAAUGUGCUCCUGGAUAUUACAUGGUGAGCACAACGACCAGACUGCUUUGCAGAAAUCGCCAAUGGAUAGGACAACUACCAAAGUGCAAGAUCAAAGCGAAUUUUGAAGGUGCGUGCAUCGAGGCUUCGUGCGACCACAUUUGCAAAGAAGUCGACGGCAGGCCAGUCUGUUCGUGUUACAAAGGUUUUCAACUGGACGGCGAUAAAUGUAUCGAUGUGAACGAAUGCAAGGAUAACAAGGGAGGUUGUGAACAUAAAUGUGUGAACACCCCGGGAUCCUUUCGUUGUGAGUGUCCAAAAGGGAUGAAACUCGACGAGGACAGAUUCACGUGCAGGGACAUCAACGAGUGCCUAUUAAACAAUGGGCACGGACCUUGUCAGGAUACGUGCCGGAACACCAUAGGCGGGUAUGAAUGUUCCUGCGACGGUCUACAGGACACUGUCCUGUCACCCGACAACCACACGUGUCAGGACGCAGGUCCCUGCAGCGUCAACAACGCCGGAUGCUCUCACACCUGUCUCUCCACGAUGGGACGAGUGUUUUGUCUCUGUCCUGAUGGCUUCAUCCUAGAGGACGACUGGAAGACUUGUCAAGACGUGGACGAAUGUGCCCAACCAGAUUUGCAAACGGAAAUGUGCCGCUAUGGUUGCAUCAAUACGCCAGGAUCUUAUCGAUGCGCCGAGCCAAUGGAGUUGAAGGAUCAACCGAUACUGGACAGCUUGUCGAUCACGUGCCUGCCAGGCUACGAGGCAACCCCCGACGGAACUUGUAUUGAUAUCAAUGAGUGUACGGUUGACAAUGGGGGCUGCACAGAAGUUUGCGAGAACACGGACGGAAGCUUUUUCUGCGCUUGCGACGGUGAUGAGAAAGCUCUGUCGUCGGAUGGCAAGUCCUGCAUUGAUAUAAACAACGUGUCCUGUUCACCGUUGAAUCCGGAGGGUCGGGGAUAUUUAAUGUGUUCACGUUUGGCAACGCCGAAGCCAUGGAGAAGUAGACGAAGAGUGGCCAAUCGACCAGGUACCAAGUGUUUCUUGAAGUGUCCCCAUGGGUAUCAGCUUCACGGGGAAUAUGAAUUGACUUGUCGAUCGGAUGGUUCGUGGGAUGGUCCGAAACACGGCGAGUGUGUCAGAUACAGCAAGCCUCGUUUAGAAUGUCCGAAGGACGUGAUCGCGGAAUUACCACCAGGACGAGACGAGGCGUUCGUUACGUUCGAUCAACCAUCGACGGAUCUCGAUUGGUUCCGAUACGUUAGGUCGAAACCCUCCUGGGGAACCAGGCUCGAGGCGAAUCUGACCCCGGGGGUGCACGAGAUCACGUUCUUCGCGAGACACCCGGUAUCGAAGAAACAGGCCAGCUGCGUGUUACGCAUCAUCGUCAAAGGAGGCGAAGCGCCAAAAGUUAAAGACUGUCCGAACGACAUCGAGGUCACCGGGAGAAAUGGGACGGCAAUCACGUGGACCGAACCAAUUUUCACGGACAACGUGAAGGUGACCCGGAUUAGGAGCAACGAGAGUCCGGGCCGGCGUUUCGACGUUGGUGGCCACAGAGUGGAGUACGAGGCGAGCGACGAAGCAGGCUGGUCGAGCAAGUGCGUGUUCACCGUGGUCCUGCGACAGGAGUGAGCGGCGGAUCCUUCGGCGAUCAGGUGAGCGCGAGAACAGGGAACGGGGAACAGCAACGACGGAGAAAAAGGAAUCCAGGUGAAAGAGGGAUGGGGGUGGAGGAGAAGGAGGGCGAAAGGUAGCGGACCGGAAGAAUAACGAUAAGGUAAUAUAAAUGGAAAUGCCGUGGACUGGGCGUGCGUUCCCUCCGCGCGCGUAAUGGAUUCCGUUUUAUCCGGAAGGUUAAACGCGGAUGAGACACGGAUAUCUUCUCGUUGGUGGUACUCGUUGAUGCGCGGGUGCGUGUACACACGUCUGUGAAAUACUCUUGGUCUGAAAAGGGUCGCUUGGAAAUCGUCCUCCCGAGCGAGAUCCGAAAAUAAUUUAAUUUCAACGAAUGUUUCGUGCGAUGUUUUUUUUUUUGAUGAUAUUUCAAUAUACACGUACGCACGUGAAAAUUUGAAAAAUAACUUAGAAAUUACACAGUGGAUUAAUUUGAUCGUUUUAAUAUACUUUGGAGGAAUUUAUUGUUCAUAGAAUUUAUUGGAAAAUUAAAAGAUCAGGAAAUUUAUAUUCUGGCAUGUUGUUAUUGAGAUUGUUUCUUUCAUUUGAGAAAGUUUUAUAUUUUUUUUGUGUCAAUGUAGGUCACAAAAGCUGAAACAUCUCGGGGAAAAAAUUAUAUAUACAUAGAUACAUAUAUAUAUAUAUAUAUGUACACUACUGUUCAAAUUAAGGAUUGAUCAAUACUCAAGAAUGUAUCGAAUUUCUAAAUUUUGUUAUUUUAAAAAUUUCGAAUGUAAAUGGGAAUGAAUUCAAUACGUAAUAGUUAUUCGACAGUCGAAUAACAUUAUCUAUUUGAUUUCGUAUUGUGCUAAUUUUUUUUCAUAUUUUGGCAGUAAAAUUUAAGUCGAAAGAUUCUAAUACCUGUCUUAUUAUUUAAAACGAUGUCGUUCAUUAAUUCACCUGGCUUCUGAAUAAUUUCAAUCACGGUAUAAGUACGCAAUUAAAACUUCCAGAGCUGUGUCACUUCCAAACUGUCCGAAAGGAUUUCUUUAACAGUUAUUAAUAGUAAAAAUUCGUCUUGUUAUGUUCUUGUGAAAAAGUCACAAAGUUGCACUAAAAUUUAAAAUUAUACUUAUAAAUAAACGAGUAACAGCUAUCAUUUAAUUAAUCAGCAACUUGAUAAGUACUCAAUUUAAAUUUGCUAACGUACCGUAUCUUAAUUAAAACGUUGUGUUUAAUUAAAUUAAAAAUUCAUUAUAUUUUAAUAAAAUACAAUGUCAAGCGUGAAGGAAUUGAAAUAGGAACAACUCAAUCCCGUUUUUAAUAUCGGCGACUCAAUAAUUGAUAAAACUUUACGUUACGCACUAUAGUCUGCAUUCGAGCAUAAAGAACAAUCCCUAACAGUAACAGCGAGUGUACCUAUCUAGUUUUUCCAAUUAUCGUCACACACAUAUCUACUACUCUAUUGCGUAACACGUAGCAGCCUAAGUAAACGCCAUUCGAGCAAGAUGAUCUCGUCGAUCAUCGUCGGUUGACUUUCCACGACCAUGGAACGCCCAUCCACUUCUUCUCGCGUUUCUUUCACGAUCCGCUCCAUCGUCGUGGCACACCGCCUGACAAAUCGUCUAGAAUAGAAAUCUAGGCCAUAGAUCAAUCGUAGGUCUCCUAUGUCAGGAGGCAUCGAAUCUACACGAUCACGAUCGCGAUCUACGCGCGCCACCUUCGCACCUCGGACCUGGAAAAAUUUUUCGAGGAAAAUCCUCGAGAACCGUUCCUCUCGCUCGCUACCUCGCCGUUUCCAAGCGAAAUUACGAGCGCGAUCGUUGCGUGACCAGCGUACGCGAUAUGCCAAGGACAAAAGGGACAGAGCGCAGAGAGAGAGAGAGAGAGAGAAGGAAAAAGAAAGUAACAGAGAGCGGAAAAAAGCGGAACGAAGAGCGAUUUAUCGACGAUCCAUAGAUCCGUAGACGGUAGGCAAGAGUGGCAGGGGUAGAAUCUAUCGGGAAUUC